AGAGAGCACAGAGAGCAGCCUCGUCUACAGAGCGGGUUCCAGGACAAUCAGGGCUACAGAGGAAAACCCUGUCUCAAAAACCAUAAAAAAAAAAAAAAUUAUCAUUUUUGUGGCUGUGUAUGCCACAUGUAUGCAGGUACCAGUAGAGGCCAGGAGACCAGGAGAGCGUGUUGGAUCUCAGGAGCUUGACUUUCAGGUAACUGAGUCUCCAGACCUGAGUGCUGGGAACCAAAAUAAGAGACCUCUAAAGCCAGGUGCCGUGGUGCAUGCCUGUAAUCCUAGCACUCAGGGAGGCAGGAUUUCCUAGGUAAUUCCUGGACUUUGCCACACUGGGAACUCAGCUUGCUUUGUCCUUGAGUCCUCUGGCUUCUGAAGUCCCUGCUUUCUUAGCCCCGCCUCUUGUUCAACAGCAUCUCCAAUCACCAGGCAAAACAGUCCUGGCGCUGUCCCUUGUGCUGAAGCUGAGCUGCUGCUAUCAGUUACAGGGGAGGGCGCAGGACAUCCUCCAAGGCACUCCCCACAACUAUGAUAGCUGCUCUAAAUCCUUUCUCUUAUAUCCCACUACUCCAGUGCCCUGGUACUUUUCCUUCUCGUGUUCCUGCUUAAUGGAGAGCCAUGACAGUGGCCCUCUUUAAUCCUGUAACUAGGUGAGGAAUCCUAAAGGGUGAGUCAAAAUCGCCUAGGAUACUGGGUGUGGUGGCACAUAAUUUUAAUCCCAACACUAGGGAGGCAGAAGCAGCCAGGUUUUUGAGUUCCAGGACAGGGCUACACAAUAAAACCUUGUCUUGAAAAACCAAAAAUGAGGGCUGGAGAGAUGGCUCAGAGGUAGAGCACUGGCUGUUCUAAAGGUCCUGAGUUCAAUUCCCAGCAACCACAUGGUGGCUCAUAACUAUGAGAUGGUGCUUUCAUAUAUGCAGGCAGAACACUAAAUUUUUUUUCUUUCCAUUUUAAAAAUUCAGUUUACAUCUCAAGCAUAGGCCCCUCUUACCUCUCCAGUCCCACCUUCUGUAUCUUCUUUUCCCUAUUCCUCAGAAUAGGGGAGCACCCCUACCUAGACACCCCAGCUCAUCUAUUCAUAUGAGGAUUGAGUUUGUCUUCCUUCCCUGUGGCCUGGUAGGACAGUCCCAUCAGGAGGAAAUGAUCAAAAAACAGGCAACGUAGUCUAUGACUGAGAUCCCACCUAAGGUGCCUAUUGGCUACUUAAGAGUGGAGGACCUAGGUCCAGAUCAUACAUUGUCUUGGUUGGUCUUCAGACUCCACAGGCCCCUCUGGUUGACUGGCUCUGAUUGUCUUGUGGAGCUUUUGUCACCCCUAGGUCCAUUUAUCUUACCAUCUUUUCCAGUAGACUUCCUAUUGCUUUGCCAAAUAUUUGGCUGUGAAUCUGUGUUUCAGACUGUUUCUGGGUGGAGCCUCUAGUAAGAGAAGAACUCUGGUAGGCUCCUGUCCACAAGCAUAUCAGAGAAUCAUCAAUAGUCAUAUGUGUUGGUUUUCUUCUAUGGGGUGGGCCUUAGGGUUGGGCCCUGCAUUGGUUGGGCAUUCCCUUAAUCUCUGUGCUAUCUGUUCUUUGUCCCUGUAGAUCUUGUAGGUUAGGGUAAGUUUUGGAUUGAGGUUUUUUGUGGGUGGGUUGGUGAUGUCCUCUGUCCGUUAGGAGUCUUGUCUAGAUAAAGGGUGUUCACAAUAAAACCUUGUCUUGAAAAACCAAAAAUAAGGGCUGGAGAGAUGACUCAGGUUAAGAGCAUUGGUUAUUCUUCGAAAGGUCCUGAGUUCAGUUUCCAACUCAUAGCCAUCUAUAAUGAGGUCUGGUGCCCUCUUCUGGCAUAUAGGCAUACAUGCAAGCAGAGUACUGUUUAAAAAAAGAGACCUUGUCAAUAAAGUUGAACAUUAUAACUAGCUGUAUGGUGACACAUGCCUGUAAUCCCAGCUCUCAGAGAGGUAGGGGCAGGCGAUCUCUGUGAGUUCAAGGCCAGCCUGGUCUACAAAGCGAGUCCAGGACAGCCAAGGCUACACAGAGAAACCCUGUCUCAAAACAAAAGCCUAGCUCUAGUGGCUUAUACCUAUAAUCCCAACACUUGGAGACUGUUGCAGGCAACUUGUGUGAGAGGUCAGCCUGGACUACCUAGUUCCAGGAGAGCUUAGUCUACAGAGUGAAGCCCUGUCUCAAGAUAAACCAAAACCUGCCAGAUAUGGUGGUAACCCUAGCACUUAAAACAUGAUGGCAGGCUGGGUAGCAAUGGUGGGCGACUUUAAUCCAGCAGUUGGGAGGCAGAGACAGGCAGAUCUCUUGACUUUGAAGCCAGCUGAAAAGUGAAGGCAGGAGAGUGGCCUCAGCUACAUGAUGAAUUUGAGGUCAGCACUAGCUAUGUGAGCACUUGUCUCAAGAAAUAACCAAAAGAUGGCUCAGCAUUGUAACUCCAGUUUCCGAUCACAUCCCUUCAGCCUUCGUGGCCACAGCUUGUGCUCAGUCACAUGUUCAUGCAGGUAGAACAUGCACACACAUUUUUUUCAAAUAGCUGGUGUGGGUUCUAGGGAGCUGGCUCAGAUGCAGGAAGGGGGCAACCUGAAUUUGAUUUCCUGGGACCCACAUGAGAGCACAGGAGUUGCCCCCUGACCCCCACAGCCUCCACAUGGACGCUGUGGCAAGUGUGUGGGUUGACACAAAAAUAUCUAAAAGUUUGAAAACAGAGCUGUGACCUGUAACACCAGCACGGGGGUGGGGGUAGAGAUGAGGAUCACUGGGGCUCGAUGGCUGCCAGCCUCAUGUCAGGGGCAGUGAGAGACUGGCCACUGCUCACACAGGCACAAGGGCCUUGAAUAGCCUGGGUAAGUGACACCGUUCUGAGGCAUCCUGACUAAGCCCAUCCUCACAGCCUCUGGAAUCUGGUAUCAUUUAGCCUUUCUCACAAGGUAAGAGCCUCUUGGAGCCUACCCAGCAUCCUGCCCAGGAGAGCAGUCUCCGGGGAAUGUUGUGGGACGAUGGUGCCCUCUGCCGGUAGAGGCGACAGAUAAGCUUUAAAUUGACAGUAACUUAACUGGCUUUAUCAGGGAAAGGACUAGCACUGGGGACACAUGAGGGUGUGUGCGCUUGCACACACACACACACCACACAAUGAAGAAAGUAAUGGUGAGGGGGGAGUUCCUGGGCUUUAGGUUUCUUUUUGUAAUACUGGGAUUCCUUUGACAGAAAAUGAAACUGUAUAUCGGGCGUGUGACCUUAUGCUGGUUCAGGUUCUGCGUAUGCUCUUGGACUGAAUGAGUGGACACAGAAUGACAGGGGCUAGUGUUAGGAGCUUCAUGUAUGAAAACACAGAAGUACAGCCACCCUUAUGCUUUGUGUGGCUGUGAGCAGGUGUGGCUUUGUGCAUGCCAGGCAAGAAGCUCUUAUUUUACUUAAAAGUGUAAAGAUUCAUUUUGUGUGUUUACAUAUUUUGCCUGAAUAUGUGUGCAUCACCGCCUCAAAGGAGGACAUCGGAUUCCCUGGACCUGAACUUCCUGGUGGUUGUGUGUGCUGGGAAUCACACGUACUCAGGUACUCAGAAGGAGCUUUUAACCUGCUGAGCCAUCUCUCUAGCCCUAUUUUGCUUUUUGAGGCAGGCCUUGGAAUCAUUAUAUAGUGGAAGAUGGUUUUGAACUCUUGACUCUCUUACCUUACCUCCCAAGUUCUGGGAUUGCAGGUGUGCUCUAUAGUGCCUUUGUUUGUUCGUUUGUUUUUGAGACAGUUCACAGUGUAGCCCUGGCUGUCCGGGAGCUUGCUAUGUAGACCAGGCUAGCCUCAAACUCACAGAGCUCCACCUGCCUCUGCCUCUCCUGCACUACUAUCAAAGGAGUGCAACAACAGGCCCGGCUCAGUCUGUCUUUUGUUUUGAAAUUGAUUCUCUUGAUAGCCCAGGCUGGUGGGAAACUCGCUGUGCAUGUCGACCUGUUCUCCGACACCACACAACCCUUUUUCCUCAACUUCCCAAAUUUUGGGAUUCCUGGUGAGUCAUCAUAUCGGGCUGAUGUAUUUUAUGCAGUAGAAAAACUUGUGUUGGAGUGUUUUAAAAUUACAUUUAUUGUGUGUGCACCCGCGUGACUUUGCAGCGAUCAGUUCUCUUUCUUGUAGGUCUCAGACACUCAGAAGACUCAGGUCAUCCGGGGUGGCGCCGUGUAUUUUCGCCCGGUGAGCCACGGUGCCUUACAAAGGUUUUCACUACGGAGCGAAAAGUGGCAGCAGUUGGGACCUGGAAGCAGCGCACCAAAAGUGAGGAGUUUUGUAGGCGUCAGUUGCCAUGGUGCCCUGGAGCUCCGGUGUCACGUGACCCGGGGCAACAUGGCGCUGCCCGCUGUGGUCUCAGCCCACGUGGUUCCGGGCCCGAAGAUGGCGGCGGUAGGCAGCCCCGGUUCGCUGGAGUCCGCUCCGAGAAUCCUGCGGCUGGUGGCUGAGUGCAAUCGCUCCCGAGCCCGGGCGGGUGAGCUGCGGCUGCCGCACGGAAGCGUGGCCACGCCUGUGUUCAUGCCUGUGGGUACACAGGCCACCAUGAAGGGUAUCACGGCGGAGCAGCUGGACGCCCUGGGCUGCCGCAUCUGCUUGGGCAACACCUACCAUCUGGGGCUGAGGCCGGGUCCGGAGCUGAUCCAGAAAGCCCAGGGUCUUCACGGCUUCAUGAAUUGGCCCCACAAUCUGCUGACGGAUAGCGGCGGCUUCCAGAUGGUGUCCCUCUUCUCCCUGUCGGAGGUGACGGAGGAGGGCGUCCGCUUCCGCUCGCCCUAUGAUGGGAAAGAGACACUUUUGAGCCCAGAGAGGUCGGUGGAGAUUCAGAAUGCUCUGGGCUCCGACAUCAUCAUGCAGUUGGACGAUGUGGUGAGCAGCACAGUGACAGGACCUCGAGUGGAGGAGGCCAUGCACAGGUCAGUCCGCUGGCUGGACAGGUGCAUCGCAGCCCAUCAGCAUCGGGACAAGCAGAACCUCUUUGCCAUCAUCCAGGGUGGACUGAAUGCUGAUCUUCGGACCACUUGCCUGAAAGAGAUGACGAAGAGGGAUGUGCCUGGCUUCGCUAUUGGAGGUCUGAGUGGAGGAGAGAGCAAGGAACAAUUCUGGAAGAUGGUGGCAUUGAGCACCUCCAUGCUGCCUAAGGACAAGCCACGAUACCUGAUGGGGGUUGGCUAUGCCACUGACUUGGUGGUCUGUGUGGCUCUUGGAUGUGACAUGUUUGACUGUGUAUACCCCACGAGGACGGCGCGCUUUGGCUCUGCCCUUGUGCCCACUGGGAACCUGCAGUUGAAGAAGCAGCAGUAUGCCAAGGAUUUCCGCCCCAUAAAUCCCGAGUGCCCCUGUCCCACCUGCCAGAAGCACAGCCGAGCCUUCCUGCACGUCCUGCUGCACAGUGACAACACCGCAGCGCUGCACCACCUGACCGUGCACAACAUCGCCUACCAGCUGCAGCUCCUGAGCGCCCUGCGCAGCAGCAUCUUGGAACAGCGCUUUCCUGAGUUCGUGCAGAACUUCAUGCGCACCAUGUAUGGCGACCACAGCCUCUGUCCUGCCUGGGCCGUUGAAGCUCUGGCCUCUGUGGGAAUUACGCUCACGUGACCUGGUUGCUGGGAGGAAUGCUGGAGUAUGGGAAAUAUUGAAGGACUUUUAAAAAAAAAAAAAAAAAAAAAGAUGUUGUGACUGCUUUGUUUUCAU